AUGAAGCCAUUUGCUGUCGCCACGCUCCUCCUGGCCCCUUGGGUCGCCGCUCAAUCGCGCAGCGAUAUCCCGGACUGCGCCUGGCCCUGCCUGGACGCGUCCAUCAAGAAAAACACCAGCUGCGCCACGGAUGACUUUGCUUGCAUCUGCAAGAACUUUGAUACCAUUCGGGGCGAUUCAACGAAUACGGGCUGCAUCCUCAAGUCCUGCGGUCAGGAUGCUGCGCUUAACAAGGUUCUUCCCGCUACCCAGAAGCUCUGCGAGCAAGGUGGAAGUGGCGGCGGAACGGUCUCCUCCAGUCCCUCUAGCACUGCCGAGUCGGGCUCUGCCUCUCCUUCGCCUACCACAGCCGCUCAGUCCUCUACAACGGCUAAAGCCACCGCUGGAGCUGCAGGUCUCGAACGCGUCAGCGGUCCUAUGUUGUUGGCUCUUGGGGCACUGAUUGUCUGA